AUUAAGCCCAUACUCGCAACCAUACUGCCGAAUCUGGGUGGCAUCAAACACGAUCACAUCAAGCAGGCUCAUGCAUAUGCUAUUGGACACUUUAGUGAAGCUCUACUGGAGCAAUCAUCAGCACAUGGCGCAGCAGCUGUCGUCUCAACCGCAACUAGCCCCAUUAAUGGCGAAAUGGAGUCCGCUUCGGACGCACCAACGCAAAAUGCAGACGGCAAAGGCGAUUGUGCUACCGAAAUUUCUGUUGCUUACGAUGUGCUUUUCAAUCAAUGGCUGCAUUCGCGUGAACCCAAAGUAUGUGUCGAAAUACUGCAAGCGCUUUCUUCAAUGUACCCACUGCUGCCUGUCGAUAAGAUACAAGACCAGUCUCCGCGUUUAAUACCACAAAUAUUGGCCUUAUACCGCCGCUCCAUCGAGCGAAACUCAGUGACACAAUUCCUCUCGUCGGUAUUGAAAACAAACAUAGCACUGCAGCCGUCAGUGCUAGAUGCGGUAGCCGAUCAAUUGAUUUCAAAUCUCUUCGAUUUGGUGUGCGUAUUCCCAGACUAUGAAAAGCCACAGACUGUAAAGGGGCAUUAUGAAGUGUUACGUUGUUUUCAUCUGCUGUCAGGCAUUUAUGCAUCGAAAAUUGUUGACACCUUAUUGAUACACUUACGCAAUAACAGCGAAAGAGAUCGUAUUAAAUCGCUAUUGAUACUCACUCAUCUGAUGAAUACGUCCACAGCGUAUAUCGAAGAUAAAAUGCAAGGUUUCUUGGAGUGUCUCAAAUCGAUGAUCAUGACGGAAAAGGGAAUCAAAAUGAAGAUGACUUUGCUGAAGGCCAUAGUGGCAUUAUCGCAAAAAGGUUUUAUCAAAGAGAAGGAGUUCGUUUGGUUUUUAGUACGCUACAGUUGUAAAUACACGAAGGUGAACCAAGAGCACGGAUCGCUGGAGGAACACGCAAAUUUUGUACUCUCGUGUGAGAACUCUCUUUUUAUGCUGUCGUCCACUGUUAGCACAAUGGACGAAUUGUUGAAGCGCGAGCUGCUUAAUUACUUCGUAUUGUUGGACUACACUGAUAUAUGCUCGAACCUGGCCAAAUGUUUAGGCAGCCUUUUUGCCAAGUCGCCAAGCAUCGAGUAUGAAAUUGCGGCUGACGAUGAGACCGAGGAAAGGGCCGACGGCGCUGGGGAAGAGCAUGGUAAGGAAAGUAGCCACACUAAUAUCAAAUGCGGAAAAAUAAUUGUACCAUACCCAGAAUCAAUAUUUGCAAGAUGUCUAGCGCUUUUAGGCAAUUUUCAUUGUAUAAAACGCUCCUCGAACAUAUUGUCAUUCUUAAAAUAUUAUUAUCCGCAUUUGAACCCAGUUCUGAAUACACUGUGGGAUGAGCGCGUCCCCGACCUGUUGCUACACAUUAAUAAGGAGCCGGUUUUCUCACGCAAGCUAAAAGAUUUCAUCUCUGAAUCAGUGGAAUUCCUGAAUACUCAUGAUGAGAAUUUCGCCGAACGGCUGGUUAACAAAAUGUCAGAUCAGUUGAAUCUCUAUCCAAUAAACACGCCACACACCGAAUUUGUAACGCCCACCCUAUCUAUCGAGCGAGGUAUGUUGUUGAAAUCGCUCGGCUUGGCACUAUGUUUUGUCAGCGAAUUGCAGACGAUAAAUGGGAAAAUCGAUUUGAUCAUUAAUUCCGCACGGCAAGAAAAGCUCGACAAGCAUAUAAAGCAUGCAGAGUAUGAUCAGAAAAUCGCCCCGUGUUCUUUGGCGCUGGGUUACAUUUCUCGCAAGCAUCUGUUCCAUUUAAUUAAAAAAUUGGCUGAACUGGCACACAUUGGUGGUCGCAAGCACUCGACUGGCUUUUUCAGCAAUUUGCACUUUAUCAAAGACACUCAUAAGGAGCAGGAAAUGUACAAGACGAAUUUGCUGGUAAUCAAGUCAUUCGGGCACAUAUUGGAUGAAUCGGAUCCCUUGCAGUCGCUGCAGAACCUCGACGAUACAAUACUAAAUUUUCUAAUCAUGCAGUUGACAGGCACGAAAGAUCAGACAAUUAUGUCUGCCAUUCUGAAGACUCUACUAAGCAUUUGUAAUCAAAUAAUUGCGACGAAAGAGCAAAUGACUGCGCCGCUAAAGUAUCGGAAGCAGAUAAUGGAGGCGGUAUUCAGCAUACCAAUUGAAGCGCCGUUCAAUGAUUUACCGUUAUUGCCAACAAUUUUAAAACUGGGCACCGAUUUCAUACGCAUAGGAGGAGUCGAUGCCACAGAAUCAGUUGACGGCAGUGUUAUCUUCGAAAUUGCUUGCAAGAAUUUCUUCUCAUGUGCACAGCAUUUGAAAAUUAAAUUUGAUUCACCGGAGGAAGAUGAACGUAAUAGUUUUCUGGCGAAGCACUUGAAUGAAUCACUACCGGAAUUAAAUGCCCUCGCAAAAGCGAUCAUAGAAACGGAUCCAUCUCCUUCGACACUCGAUCUAAUCAUUUCGAUUUUGGAGACCUGGACUAGGGAUAAAAACUCAGAAGUUCGCAUAUGUGCUUCACAUGUUUUCAAUAAUGCGCUGGAAGUGUAUAUAAAAUCAAUGAAAAUAGGAUGUGAGGCUCCUUCAAAAUUCAAUCAAACUGGUCAGAUGUUAGGUAAAAUUGUGCCCCGUUGCAUUGAUUCAAACGGCACAGUUCGGCAGGUAUCCGUGGAUAUUUUACAAAAGACACUCGAAAUAUCGUGUAUAUAUGAAACGCUAACCAUUGCUGACAGCGAGUCGGAUUGGGUCAAGGAUAUCGAAUUGGUAAAGGAGAAAAUCAUCACAGAUGAUCCAAAAAUGAUUUACAAUUUAGCUGGCGAAAUAGCUAAAAUCAUCGCUUUGCGUAUGUCGAAUUUUCAGUAUUUACAAUUUUGUAAAACUCUUCUACAAGGGUUACGCGAUCCGGAGCAAAGUUCAUCGAUUGGAGCUUCGGUAGUAUUGAAAUUUUUCAUCCAACACAAAGGAUCGGAGUUAUUCCACGCCAUCCCGGACCUCGUGAAAGAAAGUUUAAGUGCUGUAAGAGAUUGCGAAAUAAAUCGUGCGCGGUCUGGUGUGCUGAAGGCACUAGUGGCGCUCACAAAACAUCACCCAAAGUUGGUGUGCUUCGAAAUGCUUACUCAGCCAUUACCCUAUGAAAGCAACAUCGUCGAAUAUUGGCACCUUGUCGCCAAUGAUCCCGAACUAACGGCGGCGCUCCUAGAAAAUUUCUUGCAAAUAUUAACUUCUUCGUGUUUGUAUGAGCCAAGCGAACAAACUGCUGGCGAGCGCCAAAAAAUUGCCAGCAUACAACCAUUUGCAAUUUUCUGCGCUCUAAAAGAGAUUAUGCCCUGCAAGGACAUCAAAGAGGAACUAAACAAAAAAUUCCCUGAACUCUUUACCAUGCUGUUAACAUCUUUGGCCACCUACACGAACUUAGCGCCACCUGUGCACGCAGGCAGUCAGCGCAGCAACUCGCCAACUCAACAGGGCGUCGCCGCCUCGAGCAGCUCACUAUCCACGGUCGCCUCAACGACCAAAUCGAAGUUUGGCUUUGUCCCGAACAAGGAUCUAGUUAAGUUGAAUCCCUGUCAAAUUGUAUUGGAAACUUUUCAAGCAUUCCUCGGCAAUCUAGAAAUGGAACAAAUCGCUACCGUGCUCACAGUGCACACCCAAUUGGCCAGCAGUACCGAUCUGAAAAACUACAUUGAAUUGCUAACACCAAUUGCUAUUGGGCUAGUGAAUCAAUUGCAAAUCUCAUCGAGCACUAUGAAACAGGUCGUCACUGCGCUUAGCAAAUAUGUUGCAUCACCAUAUGAUGGUCAACGGAUUGCUGCAGUGGGUUUGUUCUCACGUCUUGUGCCGCUGAAACCAUGCGGAGAAAUUUCUUCAGUGAUUAUGUUGCACUUAAGCUCGGCGCUGAGUGAUCCUAAUGCCGUUGUGCGUGGAAUAAGCAUACAAGGUUUAGGAUACGUGGGAAGUCUGACUGACCACGAUAUCGAAAAAUACACGGAAACCGCAGUGACCGCACUGUUGAAAGGCAUUGAUGACACUGCUAGUGACUGCCUUAUAAAUAUUCCACUCGAAAGCAUGCGCGGACUAGCACGCAUUUUACAGACAUUGCCCAGUGAUCGUCUAGAAUCAUUUCAUGUCUCGUUAGCGAUACGUAUUCGGCCUUUUUUCGGCAGCUAUUCAAACGAGAUACGCGAGGCGUCCAUUAUUCUCUUUGGCGAUCUAUGUGAGUCGAAAAAGGCACACGAUGCCAAUGGCAGCAUUUCGCCGAAUGCUUCCUCUACAGAGGCGCUGCGGGAGCAAUUAAUUGCAAACCUAUUUCCAAUUUUGUUACAUUUGAGUGAGGGUGAUGCGACAAUAAUUAGAGCAUGCAAAGGUACUUUACGAAAGGUUUGUGGCUUGUUGAAUGCACCAAAAGUGAAUGAAAUGGCACAACGGCAUCUAAUCGACCAUGGACAGUUAAACUAUGGCGUUUUUAUAGUCGACUUUGUUAAAUUAAUUGCUAUGGAUUUGCCAGAUUUUAUACAGGACUUCAUUGACUCGGCAAUACCGAAAUUGCGUAGCCAAUGGGCAGAGGUGCGGGGCAGCGCUGCGAUUGUAAUAGGUAUACUCCACAACUUCCUGCCGGAACGGAAUACGCAAACCGAGUCCGUGGGAAAUAAACUAGCCGCUCUACUAAAAGACGAAAAUCAUUUUGUUCGCGUUAAGGCAGCCACGGCAUUGGGCUAUUUCUUUGGGGACAUUUGAAAGGAAAAAACCGUUGGCAUUUCAGCUAGAAAUCAGUAGUGAUUUUUUUUAAUGCGAAUAAAAGCAUAUGGUCUUAUUCCCAAAAAAUAAAGUAGGUUUAAAAAGCUUUAUAAAAUGACGUUUUCAUACAUUUUUCAAUUUAUAAAGCUACUUUAU